AUGGCCGUGCAGGCCCUGGCACGGGUGCUGCGCCUCAGGGGCAGUCAGCCAGCUGUGGAGGUAAUGGACCAGGAGCGAGGCUGGCAGCUGCUGGAGGAGGCCCAGCCCGAGGGGUUCACUCUCCUCAGCAGGGCCAUAGUGACCCACCCAAACCUAGCCCUGAAGAACAUCCCAAAGCUUCUCCUUCCCAGCCUCCAGGCCAGCCAGGAGGGCGAACGCAUGGCCUGCACCGCCCUGUUCGCAGAGUUCCUCGGCAGCCCCCUGCUGAUGGAGAAUGAGCCCAAGGCGAUGCGGAAGCAGGUUGUGAAGGCCAUGCUGCAGCGGACAGAGGACAGCAACAUCCACGUUCGAGGCAGAGCGCUGCACGGCCUCAGGAACGCAGUGACCGAGUUCCCGGACAAGGUCAGGAAAAAGCGAGACAAGAUCCUGGAGAGUUUUGUCCGCGCCGUGUGCGAAUGCUGCGACCCCCGCACCGUUCUGGAAGCCAUGGAAGGGCUUUGCUGGAUGCUGCGGGACCCCAAGGCGCCUCUGAAGGCUCACGUCGCCGUCCCACUGGCCCUGCAGGCGAGAACGUUCUUUGAGGAUGAGACCAGUGGCCUGAGGCGGGCCUCCAUGGAGCUUUUUGGCCACCUCAGCAAAUUUGUUUCCAAGAAGUCAUCCCUCUUUGGGGCUGAGGUGGAGAAGAGCAUGGGGACACUGCUCAUCCACCUACAGGACGGGGACCCCCAGGUGGCCCAGGCGUGCAGGGUGGCAUUGCUGCACUGCGCACCGUUCCUCAGCUACCAGCCCCUGCGCACGCUCGUGCAGAGCCAGCUAGCCGAGGGGGUGGCCCCUGCCAUCCCCGCCUUUCUGAGCGAAGCCUGCAGGAUCCUGCUCCAGGACUACCCAGGGAGACUGAGCAAGAAGGACGCCCUGAGAGCAGCAGCUGCCCAGCAGCUGAUAGGAUACAUGAUGGACAAUUGA